AUAGGUUGAUGUCAUGGUCAAGAAGUGGCUUUUCUUCGCGGCUUUAACUGCCUGCAUUGCUUUGCAAGCUAAAAGCCAAGAAGCUUCCGUUCCUGAGUCGUAUGACUUUGCAAUAUCUUCGGAAUCCCAGUUGUCAUUGCUGAAGUCAAAAGAAAUCCAUGUGAAAAAUCUUCAGAGCUAUAAAGAUGCUUUGGAGGCGCACUUGAAAAAAAUUAAAAAAGCGAUUAAGCACUCAGAAAACCUGUUAGAAUCAUCAGUGCUGUUUCAACGAAAUUUGUUCUUUGGCUAUAAAGUUUUCCGGCACAUUAGCAAGGAUUGGCCGCAAUAUUUAAAUUUAUUAAAGAAAAAACUGGGUGAAGAAGAGAUUUCGGUUUCUCAGGAUUUAUUAAGAGAGCAACCAACCUCUACGGACUUUGAAGAAUCUUUGGGAGCUAUCUAUAGGCUUCAGACAAUAUAUAACUUGGACUCCACUGACAUGGUCCAUGGGAUAUUGGAUGGCAAAGAUUACAAAACGAAGAGUUGGGGUAUAGAUGAGUGUUUAAUUCUCGGAUUAAUGUAUCAAUACUUAAAACAUUACGAUCAAUCGGAGCAUUGGUUUAGAUUGGCUCUGUAUCAUUAUGAUCCCAAUGCCGAGGAUCUCAAAAUAAAGGUUUGGAAAUAUACCCACUUAUUGGAAUACAUGAUGGACGCGAACAAGGGGUUGGGUGACUAUUCGCAAGCUAAGCGAUAUGCAAAUGAAUUGCUUUCAAUUCUUCCGAAUGACACGUAUAUAGCAAAGCAACUGACAAAAUUGGAGUAUUUGGAAGCAAAUCCGCCCCGUCUAAUAAAAAAGGAAAAAGACUACAAGCUCGCAAAGAAAAUUUGCUCCAAGCAUUAUAAAAAAAAAUCGAGCAAUCUUAUUUGCCAAUAUCUUAAUAGGGGACCAUUUUUAAAAUUGGCACCUUUAAAAAUUGAAGAGUUGUCAAUGGAUCCAAAUAUCGAUAUAUUUCUCGACUUUGUCUCUGAGCAGGAUAUAGAAAUAUUAAAGAAUGUGUCGAGACCAAAACUGCAACGCAUUGAAGAUAUGUCACAGAAUUGCAAUUGUAAGGUAGCUGAUCUCUCAAGCUCUUCAAAUAAUAUUGUUCGGAAAAUUAAUAAUCUAAUCAGCGACAUAACUGGAAUUCCCAGGAAUUCAAAUAAUUUUCUUGAAGUCAUCAACUAUGGUUUGGCUGGAAAUUACAAUCCCGAUGACACUCCUGAUUCCAAAGUAGACUUCAAAGGUCACGUGUUGAUAUAUUUAAGCAAUGCUGAAAAAGGCGGAGAAACUGUCUUCCCUUCUCUUGGAGUUAAAUUCAAACCCCGAAAAGGUUCUAUGUUAUUUUGGAUCGAUGCCAGAGGAAAUCCAUAUCAUCGUCAGUGUCCUCUCAUAAAGGGAAAUAUGUGGCUUGCUAAAAAGGUGAUCACCUAAACUUUACAUUGUGCCUGUAUGCAUUUUGCAAACUUAAUACAUUUUUUGCUUCGAUAAAUAAAGAUUACACCUCAUUUCUAAUGGUGAAAUAUAAUGAAACGGA